CAUAGGGCCUCAUACAUUUUAUUGAUAUCUUACUGCAUCUGCUAUAAAGAAGACUGGCAACCAUGUUAGAGAAUUGAUCCGACACUCAACACAUUUUCCUAGACUGAUGGAAAAAGAACUCAUGUACUGUGUGAUUGACAAAAAAAAUUAAUAAGAUCAGGUCAAAUAUCGUGAUUCGUGAGCAGAGCAUUCAGACAAUUCUUCAUGAUCAGGGUUGCCAGAUAGGGGUUACUUUCAUCCAUCUUUGAUGCGAUUUAAUCUGUACAGAAUUCACUUCAAAGUAUCUCAAAGUAUAACAUCUCCAAAUUAUAUCCGCUAAUUACAGCACAAGGUUUUUGAAAUAGUCCCAAGUUAGACCCGUGCCAAAUCUGGCAAAACAAUGCAUAAGGUCGUGCCACCACCAGGGUGCAUUGGGAUGCUGAUGAUGCUGCUUGUGGUUUUGCGCAUGCGCAGUGUGAGCAUUGCAAUCCCCCAUUCAUGAACAUCGAUCACAGAGACAUUGCGCGUCCUCUCCUCUCGCCUCGACUACAUCAAGAAUGCGCGCGUAAAACUUCUACCGUGGAAGUACGCACACGCGUUUUCCGUCUUCUCCAGAGCUUGCUCUCUCUUUCUACUCUCGCUCUUUCUUUUUUUUCCCUGUAUCUCUUUCUGUACAGUAUCUCAGGGGAAUCCAGUGGAGAACAGGAGCACUACCCGGCACCAUGCCAUAGUCUACACGAAGGAUACACUCGCUCCUUUCUCUCUGGAAGCUGUGUGCUUUCCUUAUGUGGUGGUAAUCCUCGGUCAUGGAGUUUCCCUCUGCCACCGUUUUUGACCAGCAGAAAGACUGUGCCGAGGAGGUGGACCUGAAUGUGGUGUUUCACGCAGCGGCUACAGGGGACGUCAACAGUCUCACAGCCACGAUACGUGAGGAUCCCUCAAUUCUGGAGUGCUGUGAUAGUGAAGGCUCGACCCCGCUGAUGCAUGCCGUCUCUGGGAGACAGGUGGAUACAGUUAAGCUGUUGCUGAAAAUGGGUGCAUCGAUCAACACUCAGGAUGCCUGUGGCAGGACUUCGCUUUCCCUCGCUACAUACUUGGGCUGGCUAGAAGGCUGUGUGUGUUUACUGCGAAAUGGAGCAAAACAGAACAUCCCUGAUAAGAACGGUCGCUUACCUCUUCAUGCUGCUACAGCUGAGGUCGACCUCAGACUCAUGGCCGUGUUACUGCAACAAUCAACACUGUGUGAAAUAAACCAUCAAGACAAUGAGGGCAUGACGGCACUUCACUGGGCUUCCUUCCAUAACCGCCCAGAGCAUGUCCAGGCCCUGCUGCAAAAAGGGGCAGAUCCCACACUGGUCGAUAAAGACUUUAAAACCGCACUCCACUGGGCUGUGCAGAGUGGAAGCAGAUUUAUGUGCUCACUAAUUCUCGACCAUCACCUUGGUUCCACCGUCAUAAACUAUGAUGACGAGAACGGCAAGACCUGCGUUCACAUUGCCGCCGCAGCAGGUUACAGUGACAUAAUCUACGAGCUUGCUCGUGUCCCUGAAACCAAUCUGCAGGCUCUGGAUGUGGAUGAACGGACACCACUGCACUGGGCAGCCGCAGCAGGAAAGGAGGAGUGUGUGCAAGCUUUGUUGCAGCUCGGUGUGGAGCCUGGGCCAAGAGACAUCAAUGAGAACACUCCAUUGACUUACGCCAUGUACUGUGGCCACACUGCCUGCAUCAAACUGCUCUCUGCUGACAACAGACCUGAAUCAAGCCGGCAGCUUCUUUCCCAAAGCAGUGACCCUGCUAUCAGAAAAGAGGGCAAAUUUCGUGUACUGAACCAAAUCUUCUCAUGUAAAAAGAAGAAAGAACUGCAUGCCACACAGCAAAGGGAGCUGAGCGAAGAGCGGCACCUGCAAGAAGAGACCUCUGAAGUGGACGACAUCAUCACCAUGUUCGACUGCAUUGUUGAUCCCCCAGCCAAGGAGGACAGCAGAAAACAGCCUAACGAACCCGAAAGGCUUGAGGAUCCCACCCACAAAGACCACAGGAGCCUACCUCCUAUACGCACACAGAGUCUUCCACCUAUCACUCUGGGAAACUCCUUGUUAACCAACUUGCACAAUGCACCACAUAGAACUGUGUCAGGCCAGAUGGUUAGUCAUUUAGCCCACAGGUCGCAGAAGAGCAAGAGUGAACAUGACCUGUUUGACAGCAGAACAAAGGCUCAGAAGGCCACAACUCUACACUGGAAAACAGAAUCCAUUCAGUUACUAAACCACAAGGCUUGGGUGUCACCUCCGUCUGACAGGAUGUCGGAUAAACUGUUGCAAGAAACACAGAGUCCUAUAGAUGUACUUUGCUCCAACCACAUACCCUACAUCCAGAGAAUUGACCAAGUUGCAAAUACUCAUCUGGUACCACUGCGAAUGAGAGACUCGGCCUUGACACGAAACAGCUUGGCUCCCAUUCGUGACCACUGCACUCACAGAUUCUCUUUGCCACCUGACCAAGUCUCUCAAGGAGUAAGAAAGUCCAAAUCUCUACCCCUCAGUUCUCUGGGACGUAGUCUGGCAGGACUCCCGCCUCCUGUAACGUCUAAGAGUCACAGACCAGGCAUUCAUCAGAGCCAAUCUCUCUGUUCCUUUCCCGCUCCUCUAACCACCGAGCCUCUGCGAAACAUGCAAGUUCUUCCCGCUAUCCCACCCCAAAGAAAGCGAAGCCCGUCACCGCCAACACUCCCGAAGAUGACUGAGGAUAACACUGACAGAAGAACCUGAUGCACUUUCAGUAUACUGCUAACAAAAACAAAGGGCUGACUUUUUUUCAGCCACAUACAAACUGGUUUCCAUCUGUAAACUUGAAAAAACUACAGGUUUUAUUAGAUUCUUUGGACUGUCAGUAAACUGUUGACGUAUAUUUUCAUGAAGACUUGAAAAGGAGGCGGUUCAUCGUAAUGAUUUGUCAUUGUUAUAAUGUUUGAUAAAGUUUACGAUGC